AUGUGUCUGUCUCUAUGUGUCUGUGUCUCUGUAUGCCCCCCCACUAUCGACAGUAUCUCGUUAUCUCUGGGUACAGCAGAAACCAAACCAUUGAUAAUAUUGAUAAUAGAUUCCCAGGUGGAUCAUCCCAGCACACCGAAUCCUUAAUCCCCCAAUCCAAACAAUGGAGAAGCUUGAAGCUCCAAAUCCACCCAAGCAAGAAGCAACCCAUCCUUGAUCCCACUGCGGUAUCCGUCCCAGCGACCGGCCAAGCCGCAGCACCCACUACCCAAUAACAAAUAGCACCUAGUACUCCGUAGUAG